UGUUCCAAAUCGUUAGCGUUAAAAAAACCAAGACACUAAUAGAUGAGUGAAUGAAAAGAGGAUUUGGUGUAAGAGCUUUGCUCAUUUCCUUUCGAAACUGUAACCCUCUUCCGCCGCCGCUACUACCACUGUCACUCCCCUUUCGCGCCGCUAGAUCUCUUCAUUCGCCGUCGUCUUCCGUCGCAGCCAUGCCCGGAGCUGAUACUCAGCAUGUGGAGUGGCCGGCGAAGCGCGUGAGGGACACUUUCAUGGGUUUCUUCGAAGGCAAGAAUCACGUCAACUGGAAGUCCAGCCCCGUCGUUCCCUUCAAUGACCCCACUCUUCUCUUCGCCAACGCUGGUAUGAACCAGUUUAAGCCAAUUUUUUUGGGUACCGCGGAUCCCAACACUGCCUUGAGUAAACUCUCUCGUGCUUGCAACACACAAAAGUGCAUUCGAGCUGGUGGUAAACACAAUGAUCUUGAUGAUGUAGGGAAGGACACCUACCACCACACCUUCUUUGAGAUGUUGGGAAAUUGGUCCUUCGGGGAUUACUUUAAAGUAGAAGCCAUCAGCUGGGCGUGGGAGCUUCUAACCGAAGUUUACAAGUUACCUUCAGAUCGCUUGUAUGCCACAUAUUUUGGUGGUGAUGACAAGGCUGGUCUUGCCCCUGAUUUUGAGGCUAGAGAUAUAUGGCUGAAGUUUUUGCCUCCUGGACGUGUGCUUCCUUUUGGAUGCAAAGACAAUUUCUGGGAAAUGGGUGAUACUGGUCCUUGUGGACCUUGCACUGAAAUACAUUUUGACAGAAUUGGUAACCGUGAUGCUGCAUCAUUGGUUAAUUAUGAUGAUCCUACUUGCAUUGAGAUAUGGAACCUUGUCUUUAUUCAGUUCAAUAGGGAGGCUGAUGGCUCUCUUAAACCGCUUCCAGCAAAGCAUGUUGAUACGGGCUUGGGUUUUGAACGAUUGACCUCUGUACUACAAAACAAAAUGAGCAAUUAUGACACUGACAUCUUCAUGCCAAUCUUUGAUGUUAUUCAGAAGGCAACUGGUGCCAGACCAUAUUCUGGUAAAGUUGGAGCAGAUGAUGUAGAUAAAAUUGACAUGGCAUACAGGGUUGUUGCAGAUCACAUCAGAACUCUUUCAUUUGCCAUUGCUGACGGGUCUCGUCCUGGUAAUGAUGGUCGUGAGUAUGUUCUAAGACGAAUACUUCGUCGAGCUGUGCGGUAUGGACGUGAAGUGCUAAAAGCUAAAGAGGGAUUUUUCAGUGGGUUUGUAAGUGUGGUGGUGAAUUUGAUGGGUGAUGUUUUCCCUGAGCUAAAACAACAGGAAACACACAUUCGGAAUGUAAUUGAAGAGGAGGAGGAAAGUUUUGGAAGAACCUUAAUUAAGGGUAUUGAGAAAUUUGAGACAGCUGUUCAACAUGUUCAGGGAAAGACACUGAGUGGGGAGGAAGCAUUUGUCUUGUGGGAUACAUAUGGAUUCCCAUUAGAUCUCACUCAGCUGAUGGCUGAAGAAAAGGGAUUAGUUGUUGAUGUUAAAGGUUUUGAUAGGGCAAUGGAGGCUGCAAGAGAGAGAUCCAGAAGUGCUCAAACAAAGCAAGCUGGUGGGGCCAUUGUCAUGGAUGCUGAUGCUACCUCUGCAUUGCACAAAAGGGGCAUAUCCCCAACAGAUGAUAGCUUCAAAUAUGCUUGGUUCAAGGACCAUGAGAGUGUGGUACAAGCAAUAUAUACUGGUUCUGAGUUUGUUGAUACCGUUAAUACUGGUGAUGAUGUUGGUUUAGUUCUGGAAUCUACAAGCUUCUAUGCUGAGCAAGGUGGUCAGAUUUUUGAUACUGGAUCACUUGAGGGUACAAUUGGUUCAUUUGAAGUACAUAAUACUCAAGUUUACGGAGGUUUUAUUCUUCACAUUGGUAAUGGGACCGGUGUCUCUGUUGGUGACAGAGUAGUAUGCAAGGUUGACUAUGGAAGACGUGCCAUCAUAGCCCCUAACCAUACCUGCACGCACAUGUUAAACUUUGCUCUUAGGGAAGUACUUGGCAAUCAUGUUGACCAGAAAGGAUCCAUUGUUCUACCUGAAAAAUUGAGAUUCGACUUUUCUCAUGGCAAGCCUGUUGACGCCGACAAUUUAAGGAGAAUUGAGGCAAUUGUUAAUGAGCAAAUUAAAGCUGAAUUGGAUGUAAGUGCAAAGGAAGCAACUCUUGCAGAUGCCAAGCGUAUCAAUGGUUUACGAGCUGUAUUUGGUGAAGUCUAUCCCGAUCCUGUUAGAGUUGUGUCAAUUGGACAAAAAGUUGAGGAUCUUCUUGCUGACCCUGACAAUGAAAAAUGGUUAUCUAUUUCAUCAGAAUUAUGUGGAGGCACCCAUAUUUCAAACACUCGAGAGGCAAAAGCUUUUGCACUUUUAUCUGAGGAGGGCAUUGCAAAAGGCAUACGCAGAAUAACAGCUGUCACAACUGAUCGUGCUUAUGAUGCAAUGAAAGUGGCAGAUGAAUUGGAGCAGCAAGUAGAUGAAGCAGCUAAGUUAGAUGGAAGUUUGUUGGAAGAGAAAGUUUCAUCAUUGAAAAACAAUGUUGAAACUUUAUCAAUUCCUGCUGCCAAGAAAGCUGACAUCAAGACAAAGAUAGCCCGACUUCAGGACCAAGUGAGAAAAGCACAGAAGCAGAUUGCUGAGGAAAACAAGCGUAAAGCUGUAAAUAUUACAGCUGAGAAAGCUGAGCUUGCUGCUUCUAACGGGAAAACUUUUUGCAUAUCUCGUGUUAAUGUUGGUCUGGAUGUGGCUGCAGUUCGUGAGGCUGUUACAAAAGUGAUGGACCAAAAGGGCUUAUCUGUGAUGGUUUUUAGCACGGAUGAAUCUACAAACAAGGCUGUAAUUUGUGCUGGGGUGCCAGAGAAAGGAGAUAAAGGUAAGCUGGAUGUGGCAGAGUGGCUGAGUAAUGCGUUGGGGCCUCUAAAAGGGAGAUGUGGUAAAGGAAAAGGUGGUCUUGCAACGGGUCAGGGUACAGAUGCAGCACACGUUAACGAGGCAAUGGAUCUUGCAGAAAAAUUUGCAUCAAUGAAGUUGAGUUAAUGUUGUACUGCAGUUUAUCUGUCGUGUGGUGUUUUUAGUUUGAUAUAAUUAUACAGAAGGGAAGGGCACUUGCAGUAAUUAUUAGAUCCAGAUGAGUUGAACAAAUUUCUAGUUGAGUGCCUGAAUAUUCUUUUUAUACAGACAUUAGUUUUGGUUUUUAUAGACCACUUGUUGUUCCACAAUUACAGUAGCAAUUGCUCUGAUAGAUUAUCAAGAUGUUAUGAAGUUCUAAAAUGUGAUAAUUUUCUUAGCA